CUGCUGCAACAGGAGAAACUUCCAGGAACUUCCUGCAGCCCCCUCCUCCCUGUGCUACGUGGUACUGUGCUCAUACCCUGUCAGAGGGGGACCAGCUCUGGUCUGGAGAACAUCUGCAACAUACCAGUGAUAGACCCUCAGUAUUCCAGGCAUCCGAGUGCUGAGGGCUCUUGGAGGACCAGGAAUGACUUGUGGGACAGACCGGACCCUCAGGAACGACUGUGAGUUUUGUAUCUUUACUGAUUAGCUGGAAAGCAUUGCUAUGACGGAAAUAUCUUGAAGAACCUAAGACAUUUCUCUAGCACUGUGCAUACAAAACGUUGAUCCUUGAUUUUCUACACUUACUGGGUCUGGAGGUUUGAGUUGGCUUCAUCAUGAUCUGGAGUCUUGGCCUCAAGCUUCUCCUUGUCUUUAUUGUCUCGGUAAAUGCUCAGUAUGAGCGUUACAGCUUCAGGAGUUACCCCCGAGACGAGCUGAUGCCCUUAGAGAGUGCCUACAAGUAUGCACUAGACCAGUACAGCAACGAGAACUGGCCCGAGGCGGUCAACUACCUGGAAAUAAGUCUCCGUUUGUACAGGCUUUUAAGGGACAGUGAGGCUUUCUGUAACCUUAACUGCAGCACAGCACAAAUAGACAAUGGUCCACCAGCAGAAGAUGGGGCCUUGAAGAAUGAGACGAGUCACUUGGGUCGUUUUACUGGCUUCCCUGAGCUGAAGGUGUUUGGAGACGUUCUUAUGAGGACCCAGUGCCUAAAACGAUGUAAACAAGGUCUCCCCGCAUUUCGACAAUCGCAGCCCAGCCGGGAGACCAUGGAGGAGUUCCACAACCGUGAGCCAUAUAAGUUUUUACAGUACGCCUAUUUCAAGAGUAAUAAUUUGCCAAAAGCCAUUGCUGCAGCCCACACAUUUCUCUUGCAGCACCCUGAUGACGAGAUGAUGAAGAGAAAUAUGGCGUACUACAAGAGUAUGCCGGAUUCAGAGACCCACAUCCAGGAUCUGGAAACCAAGACCUAUGAGCAAUUAUUCAUUCGAGCCGUGAGGGCCUACAACGGAGAAAAUUGGAGAACCUCCAUCUCAGAUAUGGAGUUAGCCCUACCUGACUUCUUUAAAACAUUCCAAGAAUGCAUUGCAGCCUGCGAAGGCUCGCGAGAGAUCAAAAAUUUCAAUGACUUUUAUCAGUCGGUGGCUGACCACUACAUUGAGGUCCUCAAAUGCAAACUCAAUUGUGAAAGCAGCCUUACUCCGGUCAUCGGGGGCUACAUAGUGAACAAGUUUGUGGCUACUAUGUAUCACUACCUGCAGUUUGCUUACUACAAACUCAAUGAUGUUCGGAACGCGGCCCCUUGCGCGGCCAGCUACCUGCUUUUUGACCCAGAUGAUGACGUCAUGAAGCAAAAUAUGGUCUACUAUCAAUACCACAUGGAGAAGUGGGGACUGUCGCAGGAGAAUUUUAACCCUAGGCCGGAGGCCACUCUCUACUACAACAUCACAACCAAGCAGAAAGAGCUGUAUGAGUUCGCCCUGCAGAAUAUCGUAGACGAUGACGAAGGUGAUGUGGUGGAAUAUCUGGAUGAACUUUUGGAGGGAACUUUUUGAGGGCAAUUUUUUAUUGAGAUGUUUUUGAAUAUUUUGAACAAUUUUGGGGACUUUUCUUUAACACCCUUACGGGUGUAAUGGGGUUCAUGCUGUGCUUUCAUGGUGUUUACUGGGAAUAAAUUUC